GUUUAUCAACACGGCCUCUCUUUUCCGUCGGCUCGUUCGCCGUUGAGUCGUGUUGAACACGAUUGAGCAUUCCAUCCACACAUUCAAGUGAUACGGAUAUCAAUAGUGUGGACUUGCUUAGGAACGUAUCACGAUGAACGCGUUGCAGCGCUUUGAGCUGUUCACGCUCAAUGAUGGUGAAAAGGCAAUCGAGGUGGUUGAAGAUACCAAGAUCCCCAAUGCCGCUACCAUUGUUGUUGCGAAGCAGGAUCAUACGUUAGCAAAUAUGAUACGAGGCUAUCUUCUGAAGAACCCGAAAGUUCUCUUUGCCGGAUACAAAGCACCACAUCCCUUAGAUCCUCACUUCAUCCUCAAGAUCCAAACCGACGGCACAUCCACACCACUAGAAGUGUUGCAGGAAACGUGCAACGCGCUCAUCGCGCUAGUCGGAAAGAUAGACGCCAAGUUCCGGGAGCAGUUCCAACAGAAGGAGCUCGAAAUCGGCUUGGAAGAACCGUUUGGUGCGCCGGGUGCUGGUAGACUGCCGAGAGGAGAGUAUGCGGAGCCGAGGAGGGCGAAUGCGAUGGAUUAUCUCGAUUUCUAGUGUCGGGCAUUGUGUAUGGGUCACAACUUUUCUUAUCUUGUCCUCUAUGUAAACAGUAUUGUACCUUUAUGUACCAGUUUCAGGAUCAAUGAAUUGC